AUAAAAUAUGCAUGUUUUUGCCGAGCCUUAUCAAAAGAGCAUCUCGGGCUAACGGGAUCUCUCACGUGGAUUCAGACUGUAUUCUCGUUCAUUACGGGAUGGCACGUGAGCCUACGAGUUGGCUUGAGCGGUCCCUCUGGUUGAGUUAAGGAGAUGGGACAAGGGAAGCUACAUUCAUUCUACCCUCGAGAGAAGAUAGCCUCGGGAGCACAAUACAAAUACUGCAAUUGUGAAAAUAUUGAAAAAAGGACCCGUGCGUCUCAGAGAGAAUACGUUAGUUUGUAAUAAAAUGUGCCGUAUUUGACAAACACGAGUGUUGAGUAGUGGCCCAACACCGAGUGUUGACUAGUGGUCCGGGACCUCUCGUCACCGAUGGGGUAGCAGCUGGAUUCGAAACCGAGCGUCAACUCCUAGUUCAGUACCAACGCAAGGGACAGCUCCUUAUCUGUCGAAGCCUUAUAUGGUGAAAACGUUCACCAAGUGCUGAAAUAGUAUUUUCGACUUCAACAAUCUGCUUCCAAUUUGCCUGAACAUGUACCAGGUGCAGGGGAAAGGGGAAAGGGCUGUUGCCAUGGUGCUGAAGGAGCUUCCGGGUAAAAAGGCAUCCUCUGAAGGGAACACUGUGACAACCAAGCUGGUUGGUGAGCAGCAAGAGAGCCGCCCGCUGCUAAGCCCGUCCAUCGAUGAUUUCCUGUCAGAGAGCCGCGUUGAUGGCCCCGUGGUCCGGCCAGUCACCUCCAACACAGCAGAUAUGUCCCAAACCUUCUUCAGUAGCCACGUCCAGUUCCACUCGAUGUACCCGAGGAACAAGCACGCCCCAAGCAAUGGCAAAGUUCUGUCCACAGCCCUGGACCUCGUGGACCUGAGCGAGCCCAGUGACACCGGGGGCAGGAAGGGCACCGUCAGAGAACGGCCGAGCCCCUCGAGGCCCCGCAACGGGAGUUCUAAAAACAGCCCCCGGAGAGGGAGGAAGAUGGAGGAGACGGAGCUCAUCCAGGUGGAGGUGGAGCGCUCAUCCAGCCCUCGGACCCCGCGCACCCCUGAAAGAGUCUCGCUGGACUCGGUCAGUUCCUCCUCUCCUUUGGAGAAAUGGGAGGAGGCGAAUCUUCACGCUGAAGGCUCCCUGAAUGGCACAAGGAGGAGAAGAUAUGAGACAAGGUGCACCUCGCACCAUUCCUCCAGCGAAUUACUUUGGUCAGCAGAGUUUAAAACAGAUCCAUCCAUGAAGAACUCCUUUGAGGUUAACAGCCUCGAUGGGGAGGACCGCAUAUCAGCUCCACAGGACCCAGUACCUCGACAAGUGCGUCCCAGUCUACGUCACGUGUUGGUCAGACGUCAUUCCCAGGAUGAGGAGUUUGUAAGGGCCAAGGCUGCUGUAGAGUCGGACACAGAGUUCUGGGAUAAAAUGCAGGCCGAAUGGGAGGAGCUGGCUCGCAGGAACUGGCUCGACGAAGAGAACGAAGGCCUGCUACCUCCCAGCGUCUCGCUGAUCGAGAAGGGCUACUUCUUUCACACCAACAACCCCUACAAAGAUUGUCCAAAUGCUUUUGAGGAAGGGCAGCAGAAGGCUAGAGAGGGAGACCUGAACAAUGCUGUCUUGCUGCUGGAGGCAGCCAUUUUGCAGGACCCUUCGGACUCAGAGGCUUGGCAGGUUCUUGGCACCACACAGGCGGAGAACGAGAAUGAGCAGGCAGCUAUCGUGUCGCUCCAGAGGUGUCUAGACCUCCACCACAACAACCUGCCGGCCCUCAUGGCCCUGGCGGUGAGUCUGACUAACAUUGGCAUGCAGCAGGAUGCCUGUGAGGCCCUGCACCGCUGGCUCUGCCACAACCCCCGUUACAAACACCUGCUGCUGGGGAGCCGGAGCCCGCCUCCGCUGGGGUCCCCUGCCACACCGCGCAGGGGCCGCCCACACACGCCAACCUCCCGCAGCCAGCUGGCAGAGGUGAAAGGGUUGUACCAGGAUGCUGCUCGGCUGAACACAGAGGCCGUGGACCCGGACCUCCAGACAGGCCUUGGGGUUCUGUUCAACCUCAGCUCUGAGUUCGACAAGGCUGUGGAGGCCUUCAACUCAGCCCUGUCUGUCAGACCCAAGGACUACCUGCUCUGGAAUCGCCUGGGAGCCACACUGGCUAACGGGGACCGCAGUGAGGAGGCGGUGGAGGCCUACACCCGGGCCCUGGAGCUCCAGCCGGGCUUCAUCAGGUCCCGCUACAACCUGGGCAUCAGCUGCAUCAACCUGGGAGCGCACAAGGAGGCGGCCAGUAACUUCCUGACUGCCCUGAACCAGCAGAGGCAGAACCACAGUCACCAGGUCAUGUCGGCUAACAUCUGGGCGGCCCUGCGGAUCGCCCUCUCCAUGAUGGACCGGCCCGAGCUCUUCCAGGCUGCUAACCUUGAAGACCUUGACCGUCUCAUGAAGGUGUUCCAAAUGGGGGGGCUAUGUGACUAGUUCUACCUGGGACCCUCGGGUUGCUGAGCAGUUUGUUAAUUGGUUAGUGGGUUGCCUGGUCGGUGAACAGGAAUGGCUUCUCUAUGGGAAAGACUAUUCAUGGUAUUGACUGGGAAAAUAGGCAUAUUAUUUAGAAGAAUGGUGGAAUCCUAGGACAGUUUGAAUAAUGGAAUAUAUAAUGGAAGAACCUCUAAUCUUAUACAGCUGAAAUUAGGCCAUAGACGUGUGGACACUUUACCCUGACCCCCAACUGGUUUGGUAUGGCAACAUAUAAAACGUCCCUCUGUAUGGACAGAUGCAAUGUACUGGAAGUGGAUGGGAACGUUUUAAAGUACUUCAAAAAUAUGUGCAACACUGCGGUAGGACUCUACUCUAUUUAUGACCCCUGAAGAGCACAACGCUGACUUAGUUUGCUUUAAAAUAGAGGAAAAGCAAGCCAUGACUGGCAAUCUUAUUGGGAGAGAACUGAAGCCUUACAUAAAAUGCACAAGUCGUAAUCACUUUAAGAGUUGUGCGCAGUUUGACUUGUCUUCUGUUUAUUUAUUUGGUAUAUCAGUUCUGUACAAUGCUUUUAGUGCAGUAUGUAAUUUGUGACUCAGUUGGAUUAAGGGAACACAGACACACACACACACACACACACACAGAUAUUGAAACAAACACCCAGUGUGAUGUCACAGAGUUCUGAAAUCUCCUUGGAAAUACAUUUGUGUUCCUGUAGAUGAUGAUCCUCUCCACCCAGUCGUAGUCUAACCUGACUACACACACACACACACACACACACACACACACACACACACACACACACACAAACACACAAACA